UGAAGUGUGGAGGCAGAUCUCCUACAGCUCAACCAGGAUGAAAUUCAGAAUGAAUGUUCUGUUCUUUUGCUUCUUCUCAGCUCUGUGUGGUGGAAACACUCAGCUCGUCAGCCCUAAAGUCUACAUCUUCACAGGAGCAGAAGGAGCAACCGGUUCACUGAACUGCUCCCCGUAUCUGACCGGAAACACCAAGUUCUUCUGCAAGAACACAUGUGCAGCAGAAGAUAUUCUCAUUAAAACAGAAGAUGUCAGCGCUCAGAACGGCAGAUACAGCAUUGCAUACAAAACUGAAUCUUCUGUAAAAGGAACUCUGACGGUGACCAUCAGGGAUCUGACCCGGUCUGACGCGGGCCGGUACAGGUGCGGCUUGGGCCAAACAUUGGCUCCAGAUUCCUAUUCAGACUUCGAGGUCAGAGUUUCAGAAGAACCGUUCUUGGAUAGAAACGGUUUAAUCAUGACGGCCAUCGGAGGAGAAGACAUCACAUACUACUGCAGCGGAGCCGUCUACGGGAGAUACAAGUUCUUCUGUAAAGACAAAUGUCAAAAAGAGGAAGACGUGCUGGUUGAAACAGAUGAAAACAAGGCUUGGCGUGGCAGAUACGUCAUUGAAUACACAGAAGGACUUGGAUUGAUGGUGACCAUCAGAGAGGCGACCACGUCAGACACCGGAGGCUACAAGUGUGGCUACGGCAGAGCGCUGUCUCCAGAUUCAUACGUCACGUUUCCAAUUAUUGUCAUAGAUGACGUCUCCUCCACACCGCAGGACUUCCUGCCGCUGGCUGUGUGUCUUCCCUUGGUUCUGGUGAUGGUGGCUGUUUUUCUGCCUCUCCUCUACAGAUGGAAAACAAGGAGCAGCUGUGGUUUUAACACCAGAGGAACUGCAGACGACGUUCGCAUGGAGGCACCUGUCACCUAUGAGAACUGUCCUUCAGACGCCCUCUACCUGAGCCUGGAUCCAGCCAGCAGGGACCAGGACCAAGUCUACUCACAUUUGAAGACUGCUAACAGACGCUAAUGCCUGCAUUUAUAUGUGGAUUUUGCAGCUUAUAAAGUCUGAAAUGGUUCCAUUUAAAUAAUUUUAUUGUUGACAGAUAUUAUCCAUAAACAUGAUGGAUUGAAGGUUUUAUUAUCUCUG